AUGGCUUCUACUUCUUCCACUCCUCCAAAUCAGGGGAAGAAAUGGGAUGUUUUUAUUAGUUUUAGAGGCGACGAUACGCGUUAUGGUAUUCUCUCCCAUCUCUCUAAAGCCUUGAAGGACAAACAAAUCAAGACUUUUACGGAUGAAGAGCUCCAUAAAGGAGAAGAGAUCUCACCAGAGCUCUUGAAAAUAAUCCGGGAAUCAAGUGUCUCAAUAGUUAUUUUCUCUGAAAAUUAUGCAGAUUCUCCAUGGUGUUUGGAUCAGCUUGUUGAGAUACUUAAAUGCAAGGAAGAAUCAGCACAAAUAGUUUUACCGGUUUUUUACAAAGUAGAUCCAACUGACGUUCAAAAGCUUUCAGGGAAUUUUGGGAAGGCAUUUGCUAUUGCUAUGCAUGGGGAAAAAGGCAGUUCACAAAAGGUGGACAACUGGAAGCGUGCUUUGAUGGAAGUAAGCAACUUAGCAGGAUGGGAUUCACAAAAAAUCAAGUCUGAGGCCGAAUUAGUUGAUGGAAUUGUCAAUGAUGUUUCAAACAAAUUUAGCGAUAUGUCUAAAAGUGAUGAUUCUUAUGAUCGCAACUUGAUUGGAAUUAAACUGCGUGUGGAAGAAGUGGAACGGUUGUUAAAUGAGAAGCAGAUUGUAGGAAUUUGGGGGAUGAGAGGCAUUGGCAAAACAACUAUUGCACAAGAAGUAUUUCAUCGAAACAAGAAUAAAUUUGAUGGUCAUUGUUUCGUUGAAAAUGUUAGGGAAACAAUGACAAAGCAAUCAUCAAAUUCAGUGCGAGUCAAAAUCAUUCAACAAUUAUUAAGGGACAAACAUGUAGACAGUUUGAAUGAUUCUACUAGGAGAAGGCUUAAGAGUAAGAAGGUAUUGAUUGUUUUUGAUGAUGUAGAGGAUCGAAACCAUUUAAAAGAUUUAGCAGGAGAGUGUGAUUUGUAUGGUGAGGGAAGUAGAAUCAUCAUAACUAGUAGAGAUUCACUUGGUUUAUCAGAAGAAGACAUAUAUAAGGUUGAGAAGUUAAUUGAUUCUCAAGGUCUGAAACUCUUUAGCUUACAUGCCUUCGAGCAAAAUCGUCCCAAGGAAGAAUAUAAGGUGCUAUCAAAGAAGGCGACAAUCUAUGCUGGAGGCAAUCCACUAGCUCUUAAAGUUUUGGGAUCUCAUUUAUUUCGUAGGACGAUAGAAGAAUGGGAAAGCGAAUUGGAAAAAUUGAAAGGCAAAUCUCUUAAAAAAAUUGAAGAUGUUUUGAAAAGAAGUUAUGAUGGGCUAGAAAAGAAUGAACAGGAAAUAUUUCUUGAUAUUGCAUGUUUCUUCAAAGGGGAAGAUAAAGAUAAGGUUGAGAGAAAAUUAAAAGCAUUUGGUUUCUAUCCAGAAAGUGGAAUACCUCGUCUAAUUGAGAAGUCUCUGAUAACUAUUUCAAACAAUAGGGUAGAUAUGCAUGACUUGCUAGAGCAAAUGGGCAAGGAUAUUGUUAAUGAGGAAUGCAAACAGCCUGGCGGACGCAGCAGGUUGUGGAAUUAUGAAGAUAUUAGUUAUGUAUUGACAACAGAGACGGUAAGGACCAAAUUAAUCAAUGAAGCUUUGAUCAUUAUCAUAUUUGAAUUUUGUAAGAAUUGUAGAUCUCGUGACGAAUUAAGUAUUUUGAGGCCAAGUGCCAUGGCCUUUACGAAGAUGUGCAAUCUUAGAUUCAUCGAAGUCUAUGAAAUGUCGAACAAAGUGCUCCUUCCUAAGAACUUUGAAUUUUGUCCACAAGCACUAAGAUAUCUUUACUGGGAUGAUUAUCCUCUGGAAUCUUUGCCAUUAAAUUUUUGGCCAAAGAAUCUUGUAGAACUUCAUAUGCGUGGGAGCAAACUCAUACAACUGUGGAAUGGAGGAGAUAAGCCUUUUGGAAGUUUGAAAUUGAUGGACCUUAGCGACUCUGAUGACCUGAUCAGGAUUCCGAACCUGUCUAGUAUUGCCCCAAAUCUCGAGUUUUUAUAUUUAAAUUUCUGUGGGAGUUUGGUUGAAAUUCCCUCUCUUCAAAAUCUGACCAAGCUUACUGAACUUGAUCUAAGUGACUGCCAUGAAGUCAAAGAUUGUCCAGAGAUUCCGUGUAAUAUAAGGAUUCUAAAAUUAGACGGAACUGGAAUAGAACAACUGCCCUCAUCAAUUAAGCAUCUGUCUCAACUUGUCAUAUUGUUCUUGGAUGGGUGUACAGCACUCGAGAGUCUUCCAAGCAGCAUUGGCAAUUUGAAACGUCUUGAAGAACUUGAUCUAGCUGAAUGUUCAAGACUCGUGACUAUUCCAAGCAGCAUAGGCGAGUUGAAAUGUCUUGAAAAGUUAGUUCUCCGGAAUUGCUCAAAUUUAGCAAGUCUUCCAGAAAGCAUCAAACAACUUUCGAAGUUGAAACUGCUUGAUUUAAGCGAUUGCGAGAGUCUUAAGAGUUUGCCAGAGCUUCCGUCAUGCUUAAAAUUAUUAAAAGCAAUUGAUUGCCACUCUCUGGAAUCUGCAUCAAUUUCUUUCAAUUUCUUAGAACAUGAAGAUGAAAAUGAAGAAGCAGAUAAAAGUGAACAUGAAAAUGAAGAAGCACAUAAAAGUGAAUCUGAAGAUUGCAAAUUUCUUGAUUUUAGUAAUUGCGUCAAAUUGAAUGAGAAAGUAAUGGAGGAUGUUUUUGAAGCGCACCUGUUGGGUCAGAAAGUUACAUUAUUGAUGGCAGGAGGUGAAGUGCCAGAAAGGAUGAGGUAUAAGAAUAAAGGAUCUUCGCUUUCCUUCAAACUUGACCUUCGUCACGUAAUUGCCUUCUCUUUCUGCGUUGUUCUUCGUCCCAGCGGUUUUAUUCAUUUUCCUGGAUUUGAAGUGGAUUUCAUAUGUGAAUCUGGAAAUAGGCGGGAACGUAAUGCGUUCAACUUAUUUAGCUAUAAGGACGUUGGGAAUUGGAAUGGUUAUCAUGCAAGUCCGUAUCUUUGGGACUCAUCACACGUGUUGCUUUCAUUCAAUGGAUUGAGGACACGUUUUGAUGAAGAGUGUUUCGUUAAGGCCUCAUUUUGCUUCACCGAUAACUGUCACGUGGAUGAGGAGAAAAUUAUGGAGUCUCUAUCAUCUGCCGCUCUAUUGUCAUUUGAGAGAGGGAAGACUAUACAGGAGAAUAAUUAA